CGCAGGAAAGCCGGAGAAGAUGUUGGAGCCGCUGGGCUGCCUUCCUCGGAGGACGAGCGCGGCCGCCCAGGACUGAGCGAGGCAGCGUGUGGGAAGUUGGGACCGUAGAGCCGGGCCCGGGAGGGGGGGAGCGGCGCGGCCGCAGGGCUCGGGGCGCAAUCGCCGGGCGAGCGCGGGGCGCGCAAGUUGGCGUGGGAGUGCUCUGCUCUGGUCGAUCAUUAAUCCCCGACUGGGCCCGGCGGAAGGGAGUUUUAGCAACAGUGCGGAGGGCGGGGCCGAACACCUAACUCCGGGGCUGCGGGGCGCCCGGCGCAGUGGGAAGCUCGCGCCGCCGGGGAGGAGCCAAGCUCGGUCCUCACCUAAGCCGCAGCGCCGUCCGCCCGCGGGAGAUGAAGAAACAGCAACCCAGAGAAGAGAAGUAACCCACCACAGGAUCAUUCCACGGAGGCACAAGGAUAAGAACCCAGAUCUGGACUCUCCUUGGCAGGACUCCAUCCAGGAUAACACAUUACAUCUAGUUGUCAUGUUUCCAUAGGCUCCUUUGAGCUGUGACGGUUUUUCACACUUUGCUUGCUUCUGAUGACCUUGAGAGUUUCAAGGAGUACUGAUCAGGACAGACUUAUUGCAGCUUGAAGGAGCCAACCAUGGAUUUCAAGCGUGUGAAGGACUAUUUCUCCUGGCUCUACUAUCAAUACCAAAUCAUCAGCUGCUGUGCCGUGUUGGAGCCCUGGGAACAAUCCAUGUUCAAUACCAUCUUACUAACUAUUUUCGCUAUGGUGGUAUACACCGCCUAUGUUUUUAUCCCAAUCCACAUUCGUCUGGCUUGGGAAUUUUUCUCCAAAAUAUGUGGCUAUCACAGUACAAUUUCUAAUUGAUCUUGUUUGCAUUCUGUGACUCGGCAUUGCCUAUGUAUAUGUUGCUUAUGACUUACAAUUUACGUGAAUACUGAUCUGAAAAGCUCUCUUCUCUAUGCACUCUUAUAUCUUGCCUGAAACGUGGGAUAGAGGUCUCUUUAGGUUCUUUUAUACAUGCUACAUUGUGCAUCAGUCCAUACAUACAAACACUUUACCUCACAUACCAACCAUAUUCUCUCAACUUAGACUUUAGAUUUUGUUUUUAAUCAAGAAACUUCAUAUAAAAUUUUUCUGAAAGGUAGGCUUAUAAGAGACCUACCAGAAUCAUAUUUAAAAUGUUCCCUUGAUACCUAUUCUGUACUAAAGGGUAUAUUUUUUAAAAGAAAUUGUUCAUAAGCUCCUGUCAAAAGUAUCCUAUCCUUGUUUACAACAUAUAAAAAGAUGUGAAUAAAUUAUAUGGGCCCCCUAAAGUCUUAUUUUCUAGUAAACUGCUGAUACCUAAAAUUCUUUUACUUCAAGUGCAAAAGAAUAGGCUGGAGGCAAUUAUCUCUUUUCAGACAUGGUUCAUGAAUUAUUUCAAAUGCCUCUAAAAGUCUGGCUUUAUAACAGUUUAAAAUCAACAAUGUUGAUUUUAGAUAACCCAGUAAGUAUUAUAAUACAAAAAAUAUUAAGUGUAAGGAACAAAAAAUAUAAUCAAAGUAAAUUCAGAUAUUGUGACUUGCAAUGCUGCCUUGCCUUGCAUGAUGCUGGGGGGUGGAGGGAAGAGAAAAGAAAUUGCUUUCUUUCUGUGGUUUCACUCAGUGGAGCUGGGGUGGGGGUGGGGGAGCACGUAUUAGGCUACAGGAAGAAAAGCUAAUAAAUAGGCUGGAAGUAAUACUCUACCAGCAGGAACUCGACAGCUCCAGUUAAACGCUUUGAUAUAGUGGCUCCUUUGCAGAGCAAAAACAAGAUUUAUUAAAUUUCCUUCAAAGUGUUUAUCUUAAAACAAAUACAAGUUUUUAAUUGUACUGCUGAAUCAAAUGUGAAUGCCAAAGACCAAACCUUACAGUUUGUCUUCCCUUUCAAUAAAUAUUAAGGUUCAUAAUUCUAGAAGGUAAAAUGUAAAUAGUUUUUGGAUAAUAUUUGCACCCAUGUUUGUGUUAUGGGGAAAAAAUUUCCAAGGAAAGCUAGAGAGAAAGAUGUUUGGCAUGCCAAAUUAACAUGCAUGUUUCUUAACACAACAAACGUGUUUUGAAGACAAACCAGAUCUGAACAUGUACUUGUUGAUUUUUGCAAAAUAAAAUUAGGUUUAAUUUUGUAAAUAAAAUAUUCACCUCUA